GGCGGCGGCGGCGGAGGAGGACUCCGGGCGCGGAGGGGAGGAAGCAGGCAGCGCUUGCCAUGGCCUCCAACUUUAACGAUAUAGUCAAGCAGGGCUACGUAAAAAUCCGCAGCAGGAAGCUGGGGAUUUUUAGGCGUUGCUGGUUGGUUUUCAAGAAGGCUUCCAGUAAAGGACCCAGGAGGCUAGAAAAAUUUCCAGAUGAGAAGGCAGCAUAUUUCAGGAACUUUCACAAGGUAACUGAGCUGCACAAUAUCAAAAACAUAACCAGAUUGCCUCGAGAGACAAAGAAGCAUGCAGUGGCAAUUAUCUUUCACGAUGAGACAUCAAAGACGUUUGCGUGUGAGUCAGAACUAGAGGCAGAGGAGUGGUGCAAACAUCUUUGCAUGGAAUGCCUAGGGGCCAGGCUCAAUGAUAUAAGUCUUGGGGAACCAGAUUUACUUGCUGCUGGAGUCCAGAGAGAACAAAAUGAACGAUUCAAUGUAUAUCUUAUGCCUACACCAAAUUUAGAUAUCUAUGGGGAAUGUACAAUGCAGAUCACACAUGAAAACAUCUAUCUCUGGGACAUCCACAAUGCCAAGGUCAAGCUGGUCAUGUGGCCUCUGAGCUCUUUGAGGAGAUAUGGACGUGACUCAACAUGGUUUACAUUUGAGUCUGGAAGGAUGUGUGAUACAGGAGAAGGGCUGUUCACCUUUCAAACACGAGAAGGAGAAAUGAUUUAUCAGAAAGUCCAUUCUGCAACACUGGCAAUAGCUGAGCAACAUGAAAGAUUAAUGAUGGAAAUGGAGCAGAAGGCAAGGCUCCAGACCAGUCUGUCUGAACCAAUGACUUUAUCCAAGUCGAUCUCACUUCCUCGUAGUGCAUAUUGGCAUCACAUCACCCGGCAGAACAGCGUUGGAGAAAUCUACAGUUUACAAGGUCACAGCCUCGGCUCAGCGAAGGUGUCCAGGGCGCAGACAUUUCCCAGCUACCCGUCGGAGCAGGGCGAGGAGCAGCAGCAGCCGCUGUCGCUGGCCAGCAGCUACACCUUCAGCUACGGCUCAGGGCUGGUGCAAUGACAGCGGGGACUGCUGGCCAGGAUGGACACUUGAGCCUGGAGCCUCCCGCCAGGACCGGGAGCCGUUGGCCCCUCUGCACCCACCAUUUGCCAUGAAAACUGAUGGCUACCAGCUCCAGCCGGGGCACCGCCCAUGCGGAAACCUGGAGAGGCGGCUUCCCCGGAGCAGAGGCUAAGUCUU